GUGGGUUGUCAUGCCAUUUGGACUCACCAAUGCCCCCGCGACUUUCCAAGCAGCUAUGACGACUGAGUUUCGCAACUUGCUCGAUCGCAGCGUCCUCAUCUACCUCGAUGACAUCUUGGUUUAUAGGAGGACGUUGGACGAGCACAUCGUAUACCUUCGCGUUGUUUUGGGUCAUUUGCGACUGGCCAAGUACAAAGCGAAUCUCGGCAAGUGCGAGUUCGCCAAGCAGGAGCAUGAGUACCUGGGUCACUAUGUUACGCCGAAAGGCAUUCGUCCCUUAGCGGACAAAAUCCAAGCCAUCGUGGAUUGGCCGGAACCCCGUUGCACGACGGAUGUACGCUCUUUCAUGGGUUUGGCUGGAUAUUAUCAGCGAUUCGUCGAGUCAUACUCGAAAGUGGCCACUCCUUUGUCGAGACUUCAGUCCCCGAAGGUGCCCUUCGAGUUCGACGACGCAGCCCGUGGCGCGUUCACUACGUUGAAGGUAGCGAUGCAAGCCGCACCUGCCCUCCGUAUAUACGACCCCACCCUUCCCACCCAAGUGACUACAGACACUUCGGGAUACGGUAUUGGUGCGGUGUUGGAACAGUGUCACGAGGACGGUUGGCAUCCGGUCGAGUAUUUCUCCCAAAAGGUGCCUCUAGUCAACACUCUCGAUGACGCUAGGAAGAAAGAGCUACUCGCGUUCGUUACCGUUCUCAAACGGUGGCGCCACUUUCUUCUCGAUCGUCGGCAUUUUAAAUGGAAUACGGACAACACUAUCGGAUUUCCGACGGGUUCCUUCUCCUUCACACGAGAGGAAAGGGCUUCACCUGAGCUCGCUCGACUCUUGCACACCGGUUGGAUUACCAACCAGGGUGUUCCGGAAGACAUAGUGAGCGACCGAGAUACUCGCUUCAUGUCGGCCUUUUGGACUUCCCUUAUGGCCGAGUCCAAUACGACAAUGAAGCCGAGCUCAGUUCGGCACCCGCAGACGGAUGGCCAGACGGAGCGAGCACACCAGACCGCUCAGAUUAUGUUGCGUACGCUCAUCCGUCCCGACCAGAAAGAUUGGGUUGACCGGCUUCCCGACAUUGAGUUCGCCUACAACACUUCGGUGCACCCAGCGAACUGCGUCACACCAUUCGAGCUUCAUCAUGGUGGAGAGAAAGCACGGAUCUUCGCUGAUCUCCUUCUGCCACAGGCCGCCGACAUAGACGUCCCUUGCUCUCCCGCUUCCGUUCGAAAGUACCGGGACUUGCUGAUCAAAGCCCGCGCGAAUAUGCAAAAGGCUCAGGUCCGCAUGCAGCAGCAAGCUAACCGACGUCGACUUCCAUGUCCUUUCCGCGAGGGAGACCUUGUUUGGGUCCUCUCCGAGGAAUUUGCGCUUGAGCAGGACGUUUCGCGCAAACUCCUUCCGAAAUGGUUCGGACCAUGGGAAGUCACUUCUGCCGUUGGAGACGACCCCGCAGGUCCUUCCUUUGUGGUCAACAUUCCUCCGCACCUUCCAGUGCACCGAGUCUUCCACGCGUUGAAGUUGGCCAUCUACACGCCACCUUCCGCCAACGAGUUUCCCAGCCGUCGAUCACAGGAUCCGCCUUCUAUGGACGGGCAUCAGGAAGUGGACCGAGUCAUCACGCACCGCAAGUAUGGCAACAAGCCAAUGCAGUUCAAAGUCACAUUCAAGCAAUAUGCGCCUGACGACACUCGGUGGAUCUCUAGUGCAGACUUGCAGACUUCUGCACCCCUUAUCUUCGCCGACUAUGAGAAGCGACGCCUUGCCAAGGAAGCAGCUCGUCCCGCCCGACCCGCCCCGGUAUCGGACAGACAAUUCCGCCCUCGCAGGUAGCUCGGUCUCUUAAGAGGGGGAGCGUGUUACAUCUUCGACGCCACACGGGCCCUACCGGACCCGACUUAGGGCUAGAGGGACACAGCAGGCCCUUAAGGCCGGGACUUGGGGUACAGCAGACAGUAAAGGCCACAUUUUGGA